GUACUUAUUUACAGUUCCUAACAAUUCACAAUCAUAUUUUCCUCUAUAUUGAAAAGCAGUUGACCUUGAUACAUUCUUGUCAAAUGGUCAAUCUUGUCUGAAUUUUCGUUGCGCUGUCCCAAUUGCAGGGCGUGGAGUAGUUGAGCUCAAUACGAUAGUCAACCAAGAUGCGUCUCGUCCCUAAGGAGAUCGAUAAGCUUCUCAUAUCUCAGCUUGGACAACUGUCCCAGAGGAGGUUGGCAAGGGGUGUGCGGCUAAACCAUUCUGAAGCAGCUGCCUUGGUUGCACAUGUGCUUCAAGAGCUAAUUCGCGAUGGAAACCACAAUGUUGCUGCCCUCAUGUCAUUUGGUGCCACGAUCCUCGGACGGCGACAUGUCCUUCCUUCUGUUGUCGAAUCCCUAGUGCCCCUACAGGUUGAAGGCACCUUUCCCUCCGGGACGUACCUCGUGACAGUUGACGCUCCUAUCAGCACGGAUGAUGGUAACCUAGAAAGAGCUUUGUAUGGCAGCUUCCUCCCAAUCCCUUCGCAAGACAAGUUUCCUCCUUGGGAAACCCAGGUCUGGGACAAAGACAAGAUGCCCGGCGCAGUCAUGGUCGUGAAAGGCGAAGCAGGCAAGAUCAAACUAAACGAAGGCCGCAAGAGGAUCAGAUUGAGGGUAGUUAGUAAGGGAGACAGGCCGAUUCAAGUUGGAUCGCAUUACCACUUUAUCGAAACGAACCCCCAACUCGAAUUUGACCGUGUCCGGGCCCAUGGCUAUCGGCUUGAUAUCCCAGCCGGGACAUCCGUCCGAUUCGAAGCAGGCGAUGCCAAGACCGUGACGCUUGUGGAAAUUGGCGGCAAUCGUAUAAUUCGUGGCGGCAACAAUAUUGCAAGCGGUUGCGUCGAUGAUGUUGCUGUCAAAGCUCAUAUCGAGGAGAAUAUCAGAAAAGGAGGAUUCCUUCAUGCGCCGGAUCCCACUGCGGAUGAGAGCCUUGUGUUUGAGAUGGCAACAAUGGAGCGAGAAGCAUAUGUGACGAUGUUUGGUCCAACCACCGGUGAUUUGGUGAGACUCGGUGCCACAGACCUAUGGAUUCGAGUCGAGAAAGAUUUUGGACGGUUCGGAGAAGAAUGCUCUUUCGGUGGAGGUAAGACCAUUCGGGAAGGGAUGGGCCAAGCAAGCGGACGUAGCGACCACGAGACGCUUGAUACGGUGAUAACUAAUGCUCUCAUUCUUGACUGGACCGGUAUCUACAAGGCAGAUAUCGGAAUCAAGCACGGGAUCAUCGUUGGCAUCGGACAAGCUGGCAAUCCGGAUAUCACCGAAGGCAUCACUGAGGGCAUGAUAGUGGGCAAUUGCACCGAUGUAAUCGCAGGAGAAAACAAGAUCAUAACAGCGGGUGGGCUCGAUACGCACAUUCACUUCAUCUGCCCUCAGCAAGCCGAAGAAGCUAUCAGCUCAGGGAUCACUACGAUGCUAGGCGGUGGUACAGGCCCAAGUACCGCUACAAAUGCUACUACGUGUACUCCAGGUGCUACUCAUAUCCGUCAAAUGCUUCAAGCAAUUGAUGUUUUGCCUGUGAACUAUGGGAUCACAGGUAAGGGCAAUGAUGCGGAUCAACUCCCUCUCAAAGAGCAAGUCGCCGCCGGUGUCUGUGGUCUCAAAUUGCAUGAAGAUUGGGGCUGUACUCCGGCCGCCAUCGACACUUGUCUCUCGGUCUGUGAUGAUUAUGAUAUCCAGUGUCUGAUCCACACCGAUACGUUGAACGAGUCCGGCUUUGUUGAGCAGACCAUCGACGCAUUCAAGAACCGUACCAUCCACACCUACCAUACAGAAGGUGCUGGCGGCGGCCACGCCCCUGACAUCAUCCGUGUUGUGGAGCUCGAGAAUGUGUUGCCGUCCAGCACGAACCCGACGCGGCCAUUCACGGAAAACACCCUGGACGAGCAUCUCGACAUGCUAAUGGUAUGCCACCACCUCUCCAAGAACAUCCCCGAGGACGUCGCGUUUGCCGAGUCCCGGAUCCGAGCGGAGACCAUCGCGGCGGAAGACGUGCUACACGACCUCGGCGCCAUCUCCAUGAUGUCCUCCGACUCGCAAGCCAUGGGCCGCUGCGGCGAAGUGAUCCUCCGCACUUGGACUACGGCGCACAAGAACAAAGUGCAGCGCGGCCCGCUCCCCGAAGACAAAGACAUCGGCGCCGACAACACCCGCGUCAAGCGCUAUCUCAGCAAGUAUACGAUCAAUCCGGCCAUCGCGCAGGGGAUGGGCCACCUGAUCGGUAGCGUGGAGGUCGGCAAGUUCGCGGACCUGGUCCUCUGGAACUUCGCGAACUUCGGCGUCAAGCCGCAGAUGGUGAUCAAGGGCGGGAUGAUCUCACACGCGCAGAUGGGCGACCCGAACGCAAGCAUCCCGACUGUGGAACCGAUCUACAUGCGGCCGAUGUUCGCCGUGUCGGUGCCGAGUACCAGCAUCACGUUCGUGAGCCAGGCGAGCGUGGAUAACGGGGUGGUGGCGGGCCAUGGGUUGAGGAAGCGGGUGGAGCCGGUGAAGAAUUGUAGGAAGAUUGGGAAGUCGGAUAUGAAGUGGAAUGAUUUGAAGCCGAAGAUGAAGGUGGACCCGGAGAGUUAUAAAGUCGAAGCGGACGGCAUGCAUUGUACGGCAGAGCCAGCAGAGACGUUGCCGCUUACACAAAGUUAUUUCAUAUACUGACCUAUGUGGACACAUGUAUUACGACGCAAUGGAUCGUUUCAUUCGUAGUUAGAUAUGUCGGUCGAAGAGUUCACGAAAAGUCCAAGUCCGCAUUUGCUAGUUCUCAGACAU